AUGGUUCAAUUCGUGUUGCUUGAGGAAGGUUUUCUUUUUGCCUUUUUCUUUUUCCCUGAAGUUCCUACUUCGUGCACAUCUCCAAGAUAUACUGGACGCGGAGCGAGCAAGCAAUUGCUGGGCGGUUCGAGGCGUACCAACACAGUCAACUUGGAGAAUAACAUCCGCCCUGCCAGUUGGACUCAAAAAAGAAGAGACUAUCUAGGCAUGGCUGACAGUAGAAGGACGAGAGAUGAUCACGGCUCUGACAAAGGUCGUGAUUAUAUCGCCUCCUCCACGCAGUCAAGCUUUGCGUCGACGACACUGACCCCCAGGGGAGACAAUCAAGACACAACUCGUAGCAGUGCUACCAUCCAGAACAACAACGAAGAUAACACGGCAUCCUUGAGUGAUCACCGGCUGCUGCUCUCUAACUCUUCGACGCCAGACACCACAACGUCACCCCCAACGGACAGCAUUGCCUACCAUAAAAACGACUCUGCCGGGCCCAUCGUCAUCAUCACCAUCCUCACCAUCACAAGCAGAGGCAUCAGCACCAGCAGAGCCACCCGCGCCGGCAGCAGCCACAACCCGACGGCCCACCCAGCACUUUGCAUACACGAAGAUCACAGAGCCCUCCACGACAUGCGACAGCUGCCAGCGCACUCUGGCGCAGGUCGUCACCGCCACCCGCCGCGGCGACGGCGCGCACAGCACCCGCACCGCGCGGGUCAUGCAGGAGUGCCUGGCGUGCGGCUGGACGACGUGCCGCGCGUGCUUCGACGCCGAGCGGACGGACCGCCGGCAUCCGCUGCACCGGGUCUGGCUGGACUGGAAAGCGCCAAAGGGGACUUCGAGCGACGGGAGCAAUGCGUCAUCUUCGGCCUCCUCCUCGCCCGAGAGUGUGACGAUCACAGCUCCGACGGCUACUGCCGAGGCAGAAGCACGGGGCCCUACAGCGGCCGUGGAACCGAGCCACCAACAAGGAAGUCGCGAUCCAUCCCAGGAGACCGCGAAUCCAGCGGCAACUGCUACGACCCCAGGACACGAUGCGAGCCUACAGCUGCAGACGUCUGCGGUGCCACCACAUGGCAAGAUGGGUCACUGACGAGAGAAUUGACAGCGCAUGUCGCCAGCCUCGAGGUGAACACCGACCGAGUUACACAGGACCGCUUGGCCUCCGGGCAGAAUAACCAGGUCCCUUUGCUGAGCACCUCAGACGUGAACGCGCAGGACUCAAGCUCCACGCAGCAAAGAACUGGCAAAAGACCGGCCACGACCAACGUGGAAGCGCCCCGGGUCAACAGAUGGAUCCCAUAUGAUCCAGCUGAGCACAUUGCCAAAAGGAAAUCCUCGGGACGGGCCCCUGACUCUCGUCAAAGACCUGGCCAGCCAUCUGCUCCCGGUCCUUCGCAGCAGGAACACAGUCUCCAGCAGCAGAUCUCCUCGUUGCAGGUCCCGCCACAGCAAGAUGGUGAUACUGUUGCCAGCGUCCAGCCAGCGCAUCAACAGCCGACUCAGCACCACAGGUUCAGGGGACGGCCCGUUCAUGCACGCCAACCCAGGCCGCACACAUUCACCCGAAUCAACCGACCGCCCGACAGCAGACCAGAAAACCCACACGCAGCCUCGGCCGCGGCGUCGUCGAGCAGCGUGUUCAGCGGCCUGGGCGACGAAUACACGAAUCCAUAUGACCAGUUCCUGAUAGACCUCGCCCGCGACCCCGCGAGUCUCGCUCGACCCAGCUCAGCUCUCCCGCUCGACCCCAGCUGCAUGGGUCCCGCCCUGGACGAGGCGCUGCCAUAUGCGCGAGGCCUCGUUGACGAGCUCGCGGCAAGUCUCGAGGAAGAACCCGUGACUGACGAAGGGAAAGAGCAAGAUUUGCGCCGCGCAAAGGAGGCUGUUAGGGCCCUCGAUAGCUCAUGGCGUAUGCAUCGGCGACUGGCGGACGAGCGCCGGUAUUGCGGCCUACGGCCUGCGCUGGAGUUUUUCGAGGCGGCUUGGCUCCUGCAGAGGUUCAAGGAGGGACCGGUCAUCCACUCGCUUUGUGACGUUUGGAUUUCGGGUAUGAAGAAGGUGUUUCAUCAGCAUUUCGAGAGCUAA